CUUUUCCCCUCCCUUUUAUUCCUCUCUCUCCCUCUCCCCCUCUUUUUUCGCUCUCGCCUCUUUGCCUCCCCAAACCGAGGUGCGGAGAUGCCAAACAGUGAUGAAAUGAAAAGAAAGCCAAUUGCUGGACUGAGCCCAUCUUCUACGUGCAAAAACAGCGUGCGGAGAGGACGGCCACAUCUCCUACUGAAAACAAGUGGAUCUCUGUGGAUAAGAUCACCGGGCAGCCAUGGAAGAACUUACAGCUUUUGUAUCCAAAUCUUUUGACCAGAAAAGCAAAGAGAGCAGCAGCGGCAGUGGCAGCAGCAACAAGAAGGAGACGAUCACGUACAGGGAAGUUUUGGAGAGUGGGUUGGCUCGCUCCAGGGAGCUUGGAAACUCUGACUCUAACCUGCAGGACAUGACCGAGAGCAGCAACCACUGCCCGGUGCACCUUUUCAAAGACCACGUAGAGAGCGACAAGGACAAACUGAAGGAGUUCGCCGCGGGCAGGACGGCCGAAGGGAUCUACGAGUGCAAAGAGAAGAGGGAAGACGUAAAGUCAGAAGAUGAAGAUGGACAGACCAAGCUCAAACAAAGGAGAAGCAGAACCAAUUUCACACUAGAGCAGCUGAAUGAGCUGGAAAGACUUUUUGAUGAGACUCACUAUCCGGAUGCCUUCAUGAGGGAGGAACUAAGCCAGAGGCUGGGACUGUCUGAAGCUAGGGUUCAGGUCUGGUUCCAGAACAGAAGAGCAAAGUGCCGAAAGCAGGAAAACCAGAUGCACAAAGGUGUGAUCCUGGGGACCGCCAGCCAUUUAGACGCCUGCAGAGUGGCCCCGUACGUGAAUAUGGGAGCCCUGAGGAUGCCUUUCCAACAGGUCCAGGCGCAGCUGCAGCUGGAGGGGGUGGCCCACGCGCACCCGCACCUGCACCCGCACCUGGCGGCCCACGCGCCCUACCUGAUGUUCCCGCCGCCGCCCUUCGGGCUGCCCAUCGCCUCCCUGGCCGAGUCCGCCUCCGCCGCCGCCGUGGUGGCCGCCGCCGCCAAGAGCAACAGCAAGAACUCCAGCAUCGCCGACCUGCGGCUCAAGGCCCGCAAGCACGCCGAGGCCCUGGGGCUCUGACACGCUUCGGCCCCGGCCCCCCCCCGCGCACA